AUGGCGGUCUCACAGCCGCCAGUCCAGGCGAACGGCCAUACUUUGUCACCUUCACUAUCAACAUCUCCGGAGCAAUUGAGCCCCGCAAUUGACUCCCCGCGAACCGAUGUCUUCAACGCCAGCUCCGUGGCGGAGAUCAAAGCCGCGCUAUCCCGCCUACACAGCCAAGAAGCCUCCGUGACAGCCCGAUUAGAUGCUCUAGUCACUUCGCAAAAGGAUUUGUCUCGGGAAUUGGGCCGACUGGAUUUGAUGCGCGCCCACAUCGGCACCCAAACGAGCACAACCCGAUCGAUCAGCCAUGGUAUGCUCUCCGAAGCCGCAGGCACCGCCGAGCGCAUCUCCAGCGCGGUGCGAAAACUGGAUCUGGAACAGGCGAGAGUCAAGGCUACACUGGAGGUUGUGGAGCAAGUCGCUGAGCUCAAGGCGUGCGCAUUGGGCGUGGCAGGGUCAAUGGGUGCUACCCAGGACUGGGAGACGGCUGCUAGCUAUCUACACCGGGCAGCGCAGGUUCCUCCAGCCGUUGUCAACGGCCCAUUUGCUGCGGAGAUGGUUCCUACCGCGGAGGUGCCUGACCCACCAAGCGUUACUCUGGAUAACGCGGCGGAAUCGCUGUGUGGAUUAUUCCUUCGCGAAUUCGACAAGGCUGUAAAGGAGAGUGACGGGGCGAAGAUUACGCGCUUCUUCAAGCUGUUCCCGCUCAUCGGCCGCUCUGAGGUUGGUCUGGAUGUGUAUGGUCGCUAUGUCUGCCAGGGUGUGGCGGCGCGAGCUCGCAGCAAUCUCAAUGCGGAUUAUGGGUCCCAGGCUAAAGAUGGCUUCUUCUAUGCCAAUGCUUUGACGAAGCUUUUUGAACAUAUAGCUCAGAUUAUUGAUGGGCAUGGCGGACUGGUGGAACGUCACUAUGGCCCUCGGAAGAUGGGUCGAGUUAUUGAGCGACUGCAGGUGGAAGCGGACGUGCAGGGUGGCAUCAUCCUUGAUACCUGGAGUGAUGAACGACAUGUGGAUCGCAAACUGAUGGAUAUCAAGUCUUAUGCAUUUACGUUCUUGGUACAGAGCUUCCUCCCGGCACAGAGGACAGGUCAUCCGCCGGCCGCAGGUGCGAUUGCACCGACUGAGGACGAGGGUGUGGAUAUGAAGGAGAUUGACGGUAUUUUGAACGAGAUGGCUAUCAUGCUUGGCCGAUGGUCUCUCUACUGUCGAUUCUUGGCGGAUACAUGCAAUGCCCCGGGUGACGAUCAAGACGAGACAGACGAUAAUCAAAGAUUCGUACUACCUGCAUUCCUGCAAGAGUCUUCUCUAGCACGCAAGGUCAACGACAAGCUCGUUUCCCCAUUCAACGCCAUGACAACCUUCUUCUUCCGCCGUUCUGUAGAAAAGGCCUUCCAACUUGACGAGUCACCCUCUGGUCUGACAUUGAACCUCCAACGCCCGCUCAAGGCAGAUCCACCGCACAUCACCUCGGCCGUCGACGACAUCAUGUAUAUCGUCAACAAAGUACUACAACAGUCUCUCGCAACCUCCCAAGAGGCCGUCGUAACCAACGUGGUUCCAACGCUCUCCCGCGUCCUGGGCUCCGACUUUAUCGGCAUGACACAGCGCAAGAUGCGCGACGAGUGCUACCCACGCGCACCCGUCCAGGGCGCCCAACCACCCGAGCAGACCAUCAUUGCCUUCCUCGUCCAAAUCAACAACCUCGAUCUCGGCGUCGACUAUAUCCGACGAAUCGUCCAAAAUACCACCGGCUCCAAACAGCCUCUCCCAACUACCGACGGCACACCCGAUCAAUCAGCACUGGUAACGGAUCAUCUACGCUCCCUCUUCCCAGCACCAUCCUCCGCUCUGCGCGUCGCCCAAACCCUGCAUUCCCUAGCAACCUCCUUCGAGGCCAAGGUCGCCGACCUCCUCUCAGACGGCAUCCAAGUCGUCUUCAACAACGUGAUUAAACACCGUCUCCGCCCCCUCCUCGCAGACGCCUUCCGCGACAUCGAGUACCAUCCCUCCGACACCUCAGAACCCGUACCCCACGACGAUUACGACGCCGCAGACAGCAGCAAGGAACUCGUCCGCCCACGCUUCGCUGCCGGCUGGACCGAGCUCCUCCUCCCACUAGCGCGGAUCCUCACCGCACCCGCCUUCGACCGCCUCCUCACCGUGACGGUUGCCUACUUUGCGCGCCUCCUCGAGAAGCGUCUCUGGUCGUACCAAGGUCGUAUCAAUGCAUUAGGCGCUACGCGUCUCGAGCGCGAUGUCGCGGGUAUUGUGAAUGCAGCCGCGGACGUGGGGUAUGGUGCUGGUGCGGGUGCACCGGGACGGUAUCGGCACCGGGAGGCGUUUGCGAGAUGUGUGCAGAUGACGCUUGUGAUGGGGAUGGAUGAGGAUGAGUGGGAUGAGGUUUUGCGGGGUGGAGAGGCUGGGGAGGUUGUUGAGAAGUUGAGUCGGGAGGAGAGGGUGAGGGUUAGGGGGAUGGUGAGGAGGGGGUGA